UUAUUUUAUCUGGCUGGUCGCCGGCUGGACCUACAGGUCGCCAUUUUAGUGGCGGACAAGGGAAUUCCGUUUUUCUUUCCUGUGAUCGUCGUAAUCGACGAAAGGGAGUAGGCAAUACUCCCUUUUUUGUGGUGGAAGCAUUUGAAUCGUGUAUUUACCGCUAGGUAAAUUGUAUACUGUGGGAAAAUUGUUUCUUCUCUUUAUUUUGUAUUAUAAACAUGGCUUUCUAAAAUGUCGGCCCUGAACGUAAAAUUGUCGUCUCCUUGCGGAGUAACCCGCACACUAACUUUCGUGGAUGUUGGAGGAGUCCAGAAUGGACAAAAAAUCAUUAAACAGAUUGUCUCUACCGCAGUCGAGAGCUUCGGCUGUCGAUUGUAAAAAAGGCACUGAAUUGACACAUAAACCUUGGCCACGGAGUAAAAAACGUGAAGGAUCCGGUACUGCUUCCAAAAAUGAACCUUUUCGAAGAAAUCAACCACCACAAAGAGGUCGGGGUCAAAUUGACAAGCGUUCUCGUGUUCAUGGAGCUAAUUAUAUUGUGGGUGGAACGCAGAACACCGGGAUAGGGGCAGAUGAGGAGCCUGAAAUAGGUUCAGUAUAUCUGCCUGGAAGCAAAAAGCAAAACUUGAAUCAUUUGCUCAACUUCAUGUAUCCUUCACGGGGCGGUGCUGACCGUAGAGGUCCUGUGCCUAGGCGUCCUGUACAAAACUUGGCCUACAAACAUCAACAUGAUCUCUAUCUCCGUGCUAACUGCCAGUUUGUAGUAAAAAAUGGUGAAGAUUUCAAAAUGAAUCUGAUGGAUCCAGACACACCUAUAAAAUGGGAACAGGUUGAGCAAAUUAUUGUGCGAAGCACUGGGCGUUCUGAAUGCCCGAUAUGCCUUGGUAACCCUGUGGCGGGGCGUGUGGGUCACUGCGGUCAUGUCUACUGCUGGGCGUGUGUGCUGCACUACGUCGCCGCGCACGAGAAGCACCCGCCGCCUUGCCCUGUCUGCGCCGCGCCAAUGGACGUUACCGAUAUGAAAUCUGCAUAUAUGAUACAAUGGGCAUCUCCCGCCGAUGAGGUUACAAUGCGACUUGUACGUCGCAUAAGAGGUACCACAACAGUUGAGGUGGCACCUCCUCGCGGACAGAUAUCUGUUGACUUGUCAACACCAAUAUUGCCUCUUGAGCAACUUGCCAAUGCACCAUUCACCAAAUACUUCACUGCUACUAAAGAUCAGGUGUUUGAAAUUUUACAAAAAGAACGUGAAGAGAUAGAAAACCAAAUAUUACAAGAAAUUGACACAACAGAAAUCCUUUACUUGGAACAAGCAUUACAUCUGCUUAUCAAAAAAGGAGAAGAAAUUAAAAACCAAAUUGAUAAACCCAAAACACCGGAACCUAUUGAAGAUAUUCCUCCUAUUGUUUAUGAAAAGCAGGAAGUCAAUGAUAAGAAAUUAGAUUGGUUUGAUGUAACAGAAGAUGGGGCUGCUUGUAUUGAGCUCAUUGAAGAGAAUAUGGCAGGGUUAGAUAUCAAUGUUCCAGAACCUAACUUAACUUCAGAAGUGACAACCUAUUUAGAGGAUGAAUUGAAUGAUAACAAUCACGCUGAAGAAUUUCCUCUCAUUGAUUGCGGGCCUCCCCAAGAUAAUCAAGUUGACAACGUGAUUACAGAUAUUGACAAAGAAAACCAGUCAAAGUACUUCUAUUUCUAUCAAGCUGAUGAUGGACAACAAAUAUUCCUAAACAGCAUCAAUAUUCGCAUCUUGAAUGCCUCGUGGGGCGGUCUGGUUGCUGCACCUCCUAUUAUAAAGGGUCGUGUUCUACACCGAGAAACAUUGUCACUCGCAGAUCAGACCAGGAAGCACAUGCCAUACACAGCUCAUUUGCCAGUCUACUGCUCCUUUGAUAUCGUUGAAUUGGAUUUACAACCACCAUUCGUGACAACGGCUGCUUUGCAAAAUUUUUCAGAUGAGUUAAGGCGUCGUGCUCGAGUGCGUGCUAAUGUGGAGCGUAAAGAGAGGCGUCGCGAGCAGCAAUGUCGGCGCGCGCUGGAGGGCCCGCCUCGCCCCGACCUCUCCUCAGAGGUGCACUUCCCCCGCGCCUCCACCUCCUUCGGCAGCCCGCCAGUCGUCGACAGAACCUCUUUCUCCUCCACUGAACCUGGGGAACCAUCAACUUCAGGUGCAGCUGAACAAGCUAGCCCAAGCCCAAGUACAUCAUCAGGGUUGUCAUUCGCUAAGAUGGCAAGCACCAGCGGCACAUGGCGCGUUCGUAAAACGGCGCCCACCGUCCCACCGCCGCCUGAGGCCGAGGAAGGCGCGGGUCCGCGGGCGUUGGUACUCAGCGACGCCAUCGAGGCCGCGCUGCACGCUGCGCCUGCGCCCUCGCCCUCACCAUCCAAAAAGAAAAGCAAAAAGUCCAAACCCAAAGUAUUGUUUGCUACUGGCAUGCAACGCACUGGCUGAAAUCAU